AUGGAUAUUUGGGUGCAAUCUGUUGGUGGAAAAAAAAAAGGAAGGGUUGCAGGCCUUGGCUCCGUAAAAGCACUUAAGCAUUCAACAUCUACUUUACCAGGAGAAAUUGAUGAGAUGAUUAAAUCUCAGGUGCAUGCUUCCAAUGCUGACUUAUAUGCUGAAUUGCAAGAAGAGCGGAGCAAAAAUAAAAAGAUCGGGAAGGAAUUAGACUUAUUGAAGAAGUAUGUGAAUUCCAAUGCAUCGUCUUCAAAUGAGUUAUCAUCUCAGGAAGACAAUCAAGGAUCUGAGAAUGAAAGUGACGAUGACUCUAAUAAUGUGAAUGAAAGUGGUUCUAACCCUGGAAACGUGAAUGAAAGUGACUACAAUUAG